AUGGCUCAUAGCGUUGGUCAGACCAACAUAAGCACAAGUGCGAAUUCGAGGCCGGCCCAAAACUUCGUUCGAGCAGCACAUGAAGUUGCGACAACGUCUUUCAGAGAUGAAUUGGAAAGGUCAGAAGUUCUUCAAGCAACGUAUGAGUUGAUAGGGAAAUUAGAGACUCCCUGGGAGACAUAUGUCCGUAUACUUCUGAGUCAGCCGGCUGUCAUUGGUACGCUCAAAGUAAUGAAGGAUUUGCGUCUUUUUCAAAAAUGGAAUGAGAAAGGUAACCAACCAAUGACGAGCGUCCAACUUGCUGAUCUAGUUGGGAAAUGUGACUCAGCAUUGCUUUGCCGUAUGCUACGCCUCUUGGCAUCCAGCCAUCUCAUAGAACAGAUACCGGUAGACUUGUUCAAGCCAAAGCAAUUCUGCAUUGAGCUAAACUCACAUUUCGGCGUGCUUCUUGACUACUACUUCUUCGCCACCCAUAAAAUGUACGGAGAAAUGCACAGUAUCCUGGCCGAUAUGGGAUACAAGAAUCCUGUUGAUGUAAAGGAUACUAUAUUUCAAAGAGCCAAGGGUUACAAAGGCGAUUUAUGGUCCUACUGUCGGGAACAUCCAGAAUGGGGAGAAACUUUCAACAUGCUUCAAAAAGUCUCCACCGAAAAAGAGUCUCCUUGGAUGGAUAUGUAUCCUUAUCAAACACUGGUGGCGAAUUCAGAUCCUAAUCUUCCUCUGUUUGUGGAUGUUGGAGGGGGCAUUGGGCACGACUUGAUGAGACUCUACAACGCAUAUCCCGAACUCGCGCCGAGGCUCUAUCUCGCAGACCUUCCGGAGGUUGUCGCCGCAAACAUUGUGCCAGAAGCUGUGAAAAAAUUGAAUUACGACUUCUUCACCCCUCAGCCAAUCAAGCACGCCAAGGUAUACUACUUGCAUCAUAUUAUCCACGAUUGGUCGGAUGAGCCCGCUCGAAAGAUCCUGUUAAUGCAAAAAGAUGCUAUGAAGCCUGGUUACAGCAGAAUUCUCAUUCAUGACCAGAUUCUUGAUGACGAGAAGAGUCAGAUGUCCACUGCCGCAUUUGACAUGGCGAUGAUGGUUUACUUGGCAGGACAAGAGCGAACUGAGAAACAAUGGGUGGCCUUGCUUGAUUCGGUCGGGCUGAAGACUAUAAAGUUUUGGAAAAAGCCACCUGAUGCCUUCAGCGUUAUUGAGGUUGAGCUCCCCUAG